AUGGGUGUUCGCCCUCUCAUUCGCAGGGCCCGGGUGGUCUUCCGCCGCUUGUCGGUUGAUGACAAUGAUGAUAUUUCCCUCAACCAACAUUCGGACAUCCCUGAUUCCAAAGUCCGCCCUACUCAGAGCUACACCAGUUCCGCAGCGUGCGGCGAAGUACCAGAUGGGAGUGCCCAACAUGGUGUCCAAGAUGUGGAAGCUGUCACUAUGGCUUGGUCGAAGAAGACUUUGAUCAUUGUUUUCAUUAAUAUCUGGUUCUUGUACUUCGCAAGUGCGUUUCAAUCGACGGUGACAGCAACUCUCAAUCCCUACGUGACAAGUUCUUUCCAGAAACACUCGCUGUCGGCAGUUCCUACCGCGCUAGGCGAUGCGUUUGCCGCUGCCACUUAUCUACCCGCGGCCAAGAUGAUGGAUGUGUGGGGACGUGCUGAAGCCUUUCUUCUGAUGGUCAUCUGUGCAACUAUUGGACUGGUACUCAUGGCAACGUGCCAUUCCUUUGAAAUAUACUGUGCCGCCAAUGUUUUCUAUUACGCUGGCUUCUACGGAAUGGAAUACGCAAUUGACGUUGUCACCGCUGAUGUUUCGACUCUGAGAAAUCGAGCUUUUGCCUACGCCUUCACCUCAUCGCCGUAUAUUAUCACUGCGUUUGCGGGACCGAAGGUCGCGGAGCAAUUCUACUAUAAAAUCUCAUGGAGGUGGGGCUUUGGCUGCUGGGCAAUUGUUUUACCGGUGUUCGCAACCCCUCUCUAUGCCAUCCUGAAAUGGAAUCUUCACAAAGCGGAAGAAGAAGGGUACCGUAUCAAGAGGCCAAGCGGUCGCACAAUAUGGGAAAGCGUCUGUCAUUGGACUAUUGAAUUUGACGUGGUGGGAGUCUUCGUUUUCACAGCAGGCCUCGUGCUAUUCGAGCUCCCCUUCGACAUUGCCGACUACGCCCCCGAUGGCUGGGCUUCAGCUUACAUUAUCGCUAUGCUUGUUGUUGGAUUCUGCACCCUAUUUUUCUUUGCAAUCUGGGAACGCUGGCUGGCUCCGGUUCCCCUUUUCGAGUGGCGGCUCCUCACAAAUCGCACAAUCAUCGGCGCAGUAUUAUUGGAUGCGACUUACCAGCUUUCGAAUUACUGCUGGAGUUAUUACUUCACAUCCUGGCUACAGGUCAACAAUGAUCUCAGCAUCACCACUUCAAAUUACAUCGUCAAUAUUUUUGACAUGGUUUCUGGUGUGCUUCUGCUUCUCACUGGUUGGCUAAUCCGCAGAGUCGGCCGUUUCAAGUGGACCCUCUACAUCGCUGUCCCACUCUACAUUCUUGCUCAAGGCUUGAUGAUUUACUUCCGUCGACCAAACAUGAACGUCGGCUACCAGGUCAUGUGCCAGAUUUUCCUCGCAAUCAGUGGGUCGACAUUUAUUCUCGUUGAGCAACUCGCCAUUUUGGCAGCUGUCGAUCAUCAGCAUGUGGCUACCGCUCUCGCGCUAUUGAACGUUGUCGGCACUAUCGGUGACAGUGCGGGUCUGACCAUCAGUACCGUCAUCUGGCAGAACACCUACCUGAAGGCCUUGGUAAGGUACCUUCCCGAAUCGGCAAUGCCAGAUUUGAACAAAAUUUAUGAAGACCUCGUCACACAGCGGAGUUAUCCGGUUGGAAGCCCUGUCAGGGAGGCUAUUCAAAAUGCCUAUGCCUAUUCCGAACUGAGACUCCUCUCGGUUGGCUGUGGUAUUAUUGUUUUAGCAAUUCCUUGGACGAUGCUUAUGAGAGACAUCGACUUGAGGAAGAAGCCUCAGGUUCCGGGCACCGUUCUCUAG